UAAAGCUGAAAUGCUCCAUCAUAGUUUAAAAUGUGAUCCAUCCAGAUGAUUACUACAAGGAGUAAAAAAAAAUAAUAAUAAUUUGUUGAUAUCUGUGCGUCAUCAGCUCACCGGCGGCGGAGACCACUGCGUCUCCGUCGUGCGUCAGAGCAGAUCGGACUACACGGGUCAAUAAGUGCACUCACCGAACCAACGAUUAGUGCAUUAAUUGUGCCCCACAGUCAAUCAAUCGGUCGCGACCUGAGCGUCUCAACCCGCGCAUGACCCCCUGAGUGACGCGUCUCGUCUCGCGGCUGAGAGUGUGAGGUGGCCACGGCGGCGGCGGUGUUCGGCGGGGAGGAUAGCCGGAGGAGAUGCGCAUAUCUGCAGGUCUCUAGCGCGGUCGUAAAACAAGUCUGGGAGAACCGAAGCCAUGCCCGGAGUGACCAAGUACAAUUUAGUGGAUGACACGCACGAUCUGAGGGUCCCCAUGCACAACGAGGAGGUGUUUAAUCAUGGGGUCUGCUUCGAGGCAAAGUAUAUAGGCAGCUUGGAAGUGGGUCGACCUGGGAGCCGAAUGGAGAUAGUCGCUGCAAUGAGGAGAAUCAGAUAUGAAUUCAAGCUGAAGAACAUAAAGAAAAAGAAGGUCAACAUUCUUGUAUCCACUGACUGUGUCAAAGUGAUUCUGCGCAAAAAGAAAAAGAGAAAGGGCUGGUCAUGGGAUGAGAGCUCCAUGUUGGUGACACAGGACCCUAUCUACAGGAUCUUCUACGUCUCGCACGAUGCUCAAGACUUAAAGAUAUUCAGUUACAUAGCGAGAGAUGGACAGAGCAAUGUUUUUCGCUGCAAUGUGUUCAAAUCUAAGAGGAAGUCUCAGGCUAUGAGAAUUGUGAGGACUGUGGGUCAGGCGUUUGAUGUGUGUCACCAGCUGACGCUGCAGCAGAAAAGCGAGGAUCAGGAGGAUGAAGAGGGGAGAGCGGAGGAGCUGGAGGCAGCACCAGCAAAGAAGAGGUUGGCAUUGUCAGAGGAGACAGACCUUGAAGCCACCACAGAGGAGAGCAUUGAGUGCGUCUCUUCAUCAGACCUGGAGAAGCACAAAAAGGACGAGGCCCUGGGUGCAGAUGCGAUGGUGUCUGAGGAUUCUACUCUUCUGCUGAGCUCUCCCAUAAUCAAAGCUUCAGCACUGGCCCAGUCUCCAGCGGAGGCAUCCUGUUCUGCAGAGCAUCAAGUCCAGCUUCUCCAGAAACAGCUGCAGCAGCAGGAACAGCAAGCACUGGCAGCUUCAGCACAGGUUCAUGUUCUUCAGGAGCAGUUGUCGGUGGAGAUGUGUGCACGCACUGAAGCCCAGGCUAGAGUCCAGAGGCUGCUGCAGCAGAACACAGACCUACUGCAACACAUUUCACUCCUGGUCAACCAGAUCCAGGAGCUUGAACUCAAAUCUGCUGGGCAAUUAACAUCUAUGGGUUCCCAGGACAGUCUUCUGGAGAUCACCUUCCGUGCAAAGCCCCCCAGUGCUCUCAGUGCAUCUAUGACCCGUUCCUCAUCUGCAGGACCAUUAGCAGCUCAUUCCCAGCUCCAGAUCAGCGAUGGUUCCUGGUUCUCAGCUCUGUCCAGGCCCUGCUCUCCAGGGACCUCUGGCACCGACUCCAUUCCUCUGAGGCCGAACAGCAGCGGAGUCCGACUCGAGUGCUUCCGUUUCUCCACCCUGGUUUCAGAAAGCCAAGCCGGAGGGCAGGACACAGGAGAGACUCCCAGCGAUGAAAGCUCACUGCUGGGAGACCAGGUCCUGGGGGCCCUGGAGCUGCUUUGUUUCAGAGAGUCGGGGAUCGGAUCGGAGUACGAAUCCAACACGGAUGAAAGCGAUGACCGUGACAGCUGGGGGCAGGGGGAAGGAACAGGGGCGGAUGGUGCUGCACGACUCCUAAAUGUGCUGAAUUCAGAAAGCCUGCCAGACUGCUUAGGGAAUGAGAUGGCUGUUUAGUGGUGUUCUGACAUCUGUACGAGGCAGCCUAAACUUAUGCACCACUUCAUGGAAACUAGCACAGAAACUGAAAGAUGCUCUAUAUAAAACAUGUGUUGUGAAAGAAAAAGCACUUGUCUGCACUCUCAGUCAUCUGCAACUGUAAGGUAACUAUUUGGGCACCUAUAUUUUUUUGACUGUCCACCUGAUUUAUCUAUUUUAAAUCCUUUGGUAAUAUUUACUCUUUGCAAUGUAAUAAAAAAUAAAUCCAAAGGAUUUCUAUACUACUGAAAACAGUGAUCCUGAUCAGCCUCUGUUGCAUUUGCUGGGUGUUUAAACAACUGUGAAAUUAAUUUAAGAGAAAAUGUUCUGAUAGAAAAUGUUUAUCCAUUUUGUUCUUUGCCUUUAAUCUUGAUAAAUAAACAGUGACCUCUUUCUAAAAGUCUUGUCAAAUAAGCUUCUGAAAUGUAUUUUAAGAAGUUACAAAAUAUGCUUUUGUUUCUUUUCAUCAGCAUCAUGAGCAAGGUUUUUGUUCAGUAAAUAAUGCAUGACCUCAUCCACCUCCUGCAAAAGAAAAGCACAGAGGAUUACAUAUCUAUAGCCACAAUUCAGUGCAAUAGACAAACUAUAAUAUAGGAAUAAAAUGUAAGCCUAAAAUCAAAGCUGCUGUCACACUGUUUCUUAUCUGGCCAUUUAUUUAUGUAUUAAAAAACAUGUGUUGCAAAUGUAUAAAGGUGAGGAUCCAUGAGGAUUUUGUGGAACAUGUAGUCCUGUGAUGUCAUUGAUUUAUGUGUGUCACUUUUAAUUUGCUCCUGUUCUAAGUAGUGCAUGUUUACUGGGAUCAGAAGUGUGGAAUUCCCAGUAUUCCACUGCAUCUUGAUGCGAUACCAUACUUUGGCUGUUACAUCAGUGUUUCUUUCUUCAUGUCAGAUUGAAGGAUCAACUGACCAUCUGGGAAUCAGAUGCCCCCAAGUUAUCAAAUAACUGUUAGCCAUAUUAAUUAAAAAGUAGGUAAAGCCAUCAGUUUCGCUUUCAGUUUCAAGCAUCAGAUAUGCUGAGGUGAGUGAGUCUUCAUCAGUGCAGACAGCAUAGCAAAGCAUGAGUUUAAAAUAAAUUAUUAGGUCAUUGCUGCAAACAUAUGGCAGAAUGCUUCAACAUGUCCAAAAGAUCUGUGGCAGCCUAGUUUAGCAGUUGAUCAGAUUGUGUGUACUACAGUAUGAAAUAGGCUGUAAAGGGACGCGGAAGUGUUAUUUUCCUACAGUACUAGGUAUUCCUACGGCGUUGAAACGAGACAGACAGACAGACAGACAAUAUUGUUGUGUGGAUGUUUGACUAAUAAACAGUCAGUGGUGAGGUUUUGUGUGGUUUUUUGUUACCCUUUACCUUAAGCUCAGUCAGGAUUAAGCUGCUGUCACACAUUAUAUUAAAUGUUGGUGUAUCUAACAGCAUUUUUUAUCUGAACCUAAACAUCAAGAAAUUGACCACCUUUGUGGAACACCAUGUCAUGUGUGCCACUUUUGAUGCAGCCCUUCUUAAAUAAAGGUCAUGUUUAUUAGGAUAAAUGGUUUUAAAUAUAUUCCACUACUGGGCAGGGAGUGAGUAAUGUACCUUUUUCCAUGGUACCACAGUCUUGAUUGUUUUCCAUAAUUAAUAGUCACCCACCUAUCUAGUAAAGUAAGUUCAAUGCUCAUUAUACAGUCUGUAAGCUCCGGUUGUCAAGUAAAUAUUAUUUAUAAAACAGAUUGGACUGCCUUCAGUUGAAGCCACUUCAGGCUUGUUUUGGUGCAUGAAUCAGUGCAGACAGUUUCUGCAUAAUGUUGCAUGAGUUUAAGUAAUGUUUUUAUUGGAUCAUUGUCACAGCAUUUUAGUGGCGCUUUCACAAAUUCUGUUAUCGUAGCGCGUGUGUGCAGAAUAUAUGGUGUAUAUAAAUUAUGACACAUGCUAGAGAGUUAUUUACUUAAAACAACAUAGAAAUGCAAGGCAGAUAUCCAGUGGUGUGACAGAGGUAAAGAUGUGGUUCUCUCUCCAUUGUGUAAGUUCACACUUCACUUGAAUUAGUUGAAAGUUUUGUUUACAGAUGGCAACAUGAUCAACAGCCUUUUUAUCAAUUAUGUAGCUAGUCAAUGAUUUGAAGAACUGUACUAUUAUUAUCAAAAGUGUGGAAAUGUGUUAACUUCUCAUUUGUCUGGAAAAAAAAUAUUAUUUUAGGAUUAAAAUUCAGAGAAAACAAUUACCACCACUUUUCUUUAUUUUUUAACGAACUAAAACCUAAUUCAGUAUUUUGACAAUGGUAAGGCUUAGUAUUGCAGACUAACCUUUUUUAAACAAUAUGUUACAAGACCUACAGAUAAUUACAUUUUAUUUAGGUUAAAAGAGGACAUAAUUUCAUUAAAAGGUUUAGGGAUUUUUUUCUGUAGCUCAUCAAACUAAAUAGCAAAGGUAAGCCUGACAGAGUUGCCUUUCAAAUUUUACGAAGACAUGAUUACGACAUGAUCUGAUGUGAUAAAAAAAGUAAAAUCUGAAGACUGGAUGGUAAGAUAUUUGUAGUAAAUUCCCAAAACAUACAUCAAAAACAAAGAUUUUGCUUUGAGGUCUAAAAUAUGCCAUCUCAUCCUUUUGUGCAUGUGUGUGUGUGUGUGUGUGUGUGAUGUUCAUGUUUAUUCAGACAGGCCAAUACAUUUUUUGGAAGAGUGAAUAUUGCUGCUCAUGGUUUGAAAUAUAACUGUAUAUUAUACAUGGUGCAAAACUGAGCAUGCAUCUAAACAGUAUGACACUUUCUAUUCACUUGUACCAUGCAUAAAAUAAUCAGCACGGCUUUUUUCUGUCUUCUUCUAGUUUUUCUUAAACAUUUUUUACAACAUGAACACCUAACAAGCUUCAGUCCUGUCUCUGCUUCUUAAAAAUGUAGACAUCUCACAUUGUCGGUGAUAUUUAUUGCGUUGUUUGGUUAUGUGGAGUUUUUAUGAGCAUUCAGAGUAAUCUCAGAACAAUCAGGCAGAAGAUGUUAUCAAGCUGGCUGAGCUAACAGCUAUUCAGCUCAGGACCCAUUUGAGAGCAUUGUUUCACAAUCUAUUCAAACUAAGGAGUUUCUCUCUGUAAAAACAAGUAGUAUGGUAAGUAUUUCUUAACACCAUUACUAAUAUGUUACAGUUUGUUAAGUUGGCAUUAUUUAUUGACUUUAUAAUACCAAUGCUGCUAUGCUAACUGAGAAGUGACAGAUUUUGUUCAUUUGCAGCAGUAAUGUUUAGACGUUUAGUGAGAUUUCCUUCCACAUGAUCUUGUGGGAUUAAUAUUUCUUUUGAUGACACUGUUUGUCACCAUAUUCAGCAACUAUUCAGACUCCUCUAGUGACUUAGAGACUCUGAUAUAAAAACAUAUAAUUCUUACUCUUCCCAAUGAGCUGGGGAUGCUGCCGAUUAGGCAGAUUAUACUGUACGACCCAACAGCUUUGUUUGGGUGAUCCUGCACACAGAAGCUUUGCACUUUUCCUUAAAUGCUCUAAAAAGACGUCUUUGUCAUUAUUGCUGCAGAAAAGAAACAGGAAAUAACACAACACUGGAGAAACAUUGUACAUGUAACAGUGAUACGCGGAAAGUACUGGCAAAAAAAGCCAAGAUUGCAAAAAUAGCGCAGCCGACUGGCUUACAUUUUCAGCCACAGACAUCCUGCACAUUCAGUUACAUUCGUAAAUGCAGAAAAUGUCACACACUGAAUAUUCACGCGCUGGAAAUUCAGAAAAAUAUACAUUCAGAUGCCUUAAUAUUUGGAGAUUUCACUGUUCAAUAUCUUUUUUGACCACCAUAGAAUGAAAUAAGAAUCAAAACUGAAAUAUAUAAACCCCCAUCAAACCUGGGCUUUCUUUUUCACUGAUUUUAGUUACCCACUUGAGAUUGUUCUGACUGCUGUCUUACGUCAGGUAAGGUACUGACUGCUCGUAACUACACCAUACAGCCCCACUUCCAGUAAAAGAAGCUAUCUCACCAAUACUGUAUUGCGGCCAUCAUAAACCACUGCAUCAGUGUUACUCCACUUGUUGAAGCAAAGUUUUGGAGCAAUUUAGGGAGCAAUGAAGCCCUGUCAGAGACUUUUGGACUUGAAUGCACAAGCUCCACCAUUAUGACUAUGAGUGUAUUCUUUGUAUUCCUGAAGACAAUAUCUCUCAGCCGUUUCUACACAUGAACAUUGUGUUCCCUCCUCUCUCCUGGUUUUGAUCCUCCUUCGCAUCCUUUCUCUUGAAAUUUCUCUCCUACUUUUUCCCUCUCUUUCUGUUUAUCUUGUACAUUUUUCUCCAAGGUUAUUCUGUUCACAAGAAGUGUACUAAAAAUGGAAGUGCACUUAUGUUGAUGUUCCUCCUCUUGGAAUUAAAUGUCUUUUCUCAUAUUC